UAGACGACUUUCAUUCCGAACACCCGGUCUUUUUCAUUCCGACCUUCCGGCGUUUUCAUUCCGAACAUCCGGAAACUGAAGUUCGGAAUGGACUUCUCCGACCGAUGUCCGUAAAAAAAAAGAGGAUGAAAAGGGACCGCCCCAUCUGCAAUAUCGAUAUUUGCUGAAUGACUGACCUAUUUGAGCUAAAACUACCGACUAAUGUGUAAAAUCAUAUGAAUUGCAUCUGAUAUUCCAAUAUCAAUCAGAUUGUUGAAAUCAAAGAGUGAUGUGAUCCUGGGUCUCUCAGUAGCUUUGUUACAACUCAUCUUAUGUGAGACUCGUUCUCGUUCAGCUCUAAGUUAAUUACAGACACGAGUGACUAAUACACAAGGCACGAAAGUCUCCAGGACUAAUACAUAAAAAUAUAAUUCUUAACGCUUCACUAGCUACAGCGCAUGGUCGAAGUAUGAAUCAAACGUAAUUUUAUUGAUUAUUUCUUCAGCAGUCAUGCUUCGUCGAGUUUUCUUUUUUUCUUCUAUACGAGUAUUAAUACCUCAAAUAUUGCUUCGCAUUCUACCAAUAUCACUUUACAUGUUCCGAAACGUCCACAAUAUCCAAACGCCGAAGACCGAAUAACAACAUCUAAUACGAAGCCGUUAUCGCAUAAUCAGCGAUUCGGCACUGUGACAAUCACCAGUGCCGUUUAA